GAAUUGCGGGCGGCAUACGGCUCGAUACGAGUGAGGCCACACGAAUGUGCCAGAAAGAUAAACUAUUAUUUGUUAGUAUACCGAAUAUAUUCCCUUGCCUUGUCGUUAAUUACCGGUUCUGGUCCAAUAGACUUCCUUCUUUCAGCAUCACAAGCAGGAACGGGUAGCGCCCUCAGCCGUUUCGCGCUUGACUCAUCCAUACACGCAAGCCUUCCGCCUGACAAGGAUUAUUCGAGGCGCCGUAGCCGAGGGCUUGGGGCGGAGCACAGUCUCACCUGAAGGCUUAUCUACUGAUCCUAUGACUUUACUCAAGGCUAGCUGCCUGGUAACCUGUGCCUCUUCACUGACAGAAACACGACGGGUCUUACCGUUGAAUGGUCAGCAGGUGGAAAUUGGAAGGGAAAUUCCGGAAGAAGGAGAUCAUGUUGGAACUGGGGCUGUGAUAUUGGAAGGCUAGGGCAUGGAGACUCACUUGAUUCGUGUCCUGAGCCUCGACCUGGAAAGCUAUAAAAGGUGCCUUUGGUCUCUGUCUGCUUCGAGACGAGAACUGGUCAAAAGCAGCCAGACUGUCGACAAGAGCCUUCUUCAUCACAGGUACGCACAGCAGCAAAACCUCAAGACAUCACCAAUUUCACAAUGAAGUCCUUUUCCCUCCUGGCUUCGGCCGGUCUCGCGACCCUGGCCUCGCUACCCCUGACCAUGGCCGGCGUCAUCACCCCUUCGUACUUUGACAAGCACCCCUUGUCCCGCCGCCAGCUCUCCGACGCCCAGGUCCAGCGCGAACUGGGCCCGCAGCUCUCCCGCGGCGCCACCAUCAUCGGUCCCGGCGGGCCGGGGUGGGACGACGCCAUUGAGCGGUUCGACAACGAAUCGCGCCCGACCAUCAGGCUGGUGGUGGUGCCGGCGGUCGAGUCGGAUAUCGCCACCGUCGUCAAGCUGGCCAACCGCUUCGGGAUUCCUUUCCUGGUCAAGAACCGGGGCCACGCCCUGACCAACACGAUCGGCAGGUUCCGCGGCAUCCAGAUCGACAUGUCGCGCCUCACCACCAUCACCAUCCAGCCUGGCGAGCCGGCCGAGUCGGCUUGGUUCCAGGGUGGCGCGUGGGACAAGCAGGCCAUCGAGUACCUCUGGGACCGUGGCUACGUCACCGUCACCGGCAGCUGCGACUGCGUGGGCAUGAUGGGGCCCGGUCUCGGUGGUGGACAUGGACGCUACCAGGGGCUGUAUGGGCUGAUCAGCGACAACCUGAUCAACAUGAACGUGGUGCUGGCUGAUGGCUCGGCCGUCAGGGUCAACGCAACCAGCAACCCUGACCUGUGGUGGGGUAUGCAAGGCGCUGGACACAACUUGGGAAUCGUCACAAGCUUCCAGUCCAAGAUCUACCCUCGCAAGAUCGACACCUGGCACUACCACUCGUACACCUACACUCAGGACAAACUGGAAGCGGUCUUUGGGGCUCUCAACACGUUUCACGGCAACGGCGACGGCUCCACGCCCGUCUUGAUGGGGCUCAACACUGGCGGGUUUUACAUUGAUCCUUCCGUCAGCCAGACCGAGCCCGUCGUUUCCUGGGUCUUUGGCUACGCAGGCCCCGCCUCGGAGGCCGAAGCCCUCCUGGAGCCGUUCAGCCGCCUCGGGCCAGCAGCGGAGCAGAGCGGCGACGUGCCCUACCCCGGGGUGGCGACGGCCAUGGGCACAGGCCAGGACCAGCCGCUCUGCCAGCCGGGCGACGCGCACGUGCAGGUGACGUCGCAGUUCAACGUGUACAACGCGACGGCCGAGCGGGCGCUGUACCAGCUCUUCAACCGCACCAUCGCGGCGCACCCGCAGCUCGCCGACUCGGUCGCCUUUCACGAGGGCUACUCGACCGCCGCCGUGGACCGUGCCGACCCCAGCGCGUCGGCCGUCGCCUUUCGCGACCGCAAGCUGCUCAUGUUCUUCGACGCGCGCCUCAAGCCCGCCGACGCCGCCGACCCCGAGGUCCUGGGCAUGGCCAGGGAGUUUGGCCGCCAGGUCCGCCGCAUCUGGAACGAGGGCGCCCCGGACCUCAAGCCCGCCACCUACGUCAACUAUGCCGCCGGCGACGAGCCGCUCGAGUCCAUGUACGGCUACGACGCGGCCCGGCUGCGGCGCCUGCGCAACAUCAAGCGCAAGUAUGACCCUCAUGGCCGUUUUGUUUACUACAACCCCAUUGCCUAAGGGAUCCCUUGCGUAAUUUGGUUGUGCGUGUAUGAACAGAUGUUUUUGUUCUCUUCUCCUUUACCUUUUGUUCUUUCUUUUUCCUUUAUAAUAUGUAUUUCAACUUGUUUUCCUUUGCUUCCUGUCGCUCGUUUGGUCCCUGGUGACCAUCCAUUUUCGAAUAAUUGUUUAGAUUUACCUUUUGUAGAAGGAGAACCUGGUGCUCACACGCCGGGUUUCGAUGUCAAUUAUUUUGUCUCAGAAGCGAGGGAAUUUUCACCUGUGAUUCGUGAUCAUAUAGGUAGAUUGCUUGACAUGGUUCACUUGAAAUAUUUCCCCUCUUCCACUAUAUUAGCUACCUGAAAUCCACAAAUAAUAGGAGGCUCUGAUAUGCAUCAUCUUGCAAUCAUAAUCUGC